GAGAAAAAGUAAAUGGGGAACCACCUGAUAGACCGAAUCAAGUUUAAAGGGAGCCCAAAUACUCGGACCAGAGUCUCAAACCUACGAUGUAACAUCAGCAUGGAUGUUUUCGUAUUUGCGUUGCUAAUCUAUGGCGUUUACGCAACGGAAUCACAACUCCCAUCAAUUUCACCUAUGGAUACUCCAGCAAUUCUCCCAUCUAAGCGAGAAAAAUCACAAGGACAAAUGAAGGAACAAGGAAAGCCACCAGAGAAACUGAAAGAAGAAGGAAAGCUACCAGCGACGAAAAAAGAAGGAAGGAUAUCAAGAGAACCGAACGCUAGCAUUGUCAGCACGGAGAAACCAUCAAAGGGAAAGCAGUUGCAAAAUAUAUGGCUGCAGUCACAACGUAGAAAAAUCUAUGGAAAAAUCAACUCACUAGGAAAGCUAGGGAAUGAUAAUAGUGUCAGCACGGAGAAACCAUCGAAGGAAAAACAGGGGGUAAAUUUAUGGCUGCAAUCAAAAUAUGGAAGAAGCUUCGGAAAAAUCGAUUCACUAAGAAAGCUAAGGAAUGUUAACAGUGUCAGCACGGAGAUACCAUCGAUGGAAAAACAGGGGGUAAAUUUAUGGCUGCAAUCAAAACAUGGAAGAAGCUUCGGAAAAAUCAAUUCACUAAGAAAGCUAAGGAAUGUUAACAGUGUCAGCACGGAGAAACCAUCGAUGGAAAAACAGGGGGUAAAUUUAUGGCUGCAAUCAAAAUAUGGAAGAAGCUUCGGAAAAAUCAAUUCACUAAGAAAGCUAAGGAAUAUUAACAGUGUCAGCACGGAGAGACCAUCGAUGGAAAAACAGGGGGUAAAUUUAUGGCUGCAAUCAAAAUAUGGAAGAAGCUUCGGAAAAAUCAAUUCACUAAGAAAGCUAAGGAAUAUUAACAGUGUCAGCACGGAGAAACCAUCGAUGGAAAAACAGGGGGUAAAUUUAUGGCUGCAAUCAAAAUAUGGAAGAAGCUUCGGAAAAAUCGAUUCACUAAGAAAGCUAAGGAAUGUUAACAGUGUCAGCACGGAGAGACCAUCGAUGGAAAAACAGGGGGUAAAUUUAUGGCUGCAAUCAAAAUAUGGAAGAAGCUUCGGAAAAAUCAAUUCACUAAGAAAGCUAAGGAAUAUUAACAGUGUCAGCACGGAGAAACCAUCGAUGGAAAAACAGGGGGUAAAUUUAUGGCUGCAAUCAAAAUAUGGAAGAAGCUUCGGAAAAAUCGAUUCACUAAGAAAGCUAAGGAAUGUUAACAGUGUCAGCACGGAGAUACCAUCGAUGGAAAAACAGGGGGUAAAUUUAUGGCUGCAAUCAAAAUAUGGAAGAACCUUUGGAAAAAUUGAUUCACUAAGAAAGCUAAGGAAUGUUAACAGUGUCAGCACGGAGAAACCAUCAAACGAAGAACAGUUGCAAGGAGCAUCAGGAGAAGGACCGUUAGGAGAAGGAGCAUCAGAAGAAGGAGGGUCGGGAGGAGGGUCGCCAGAGGAAGGACGAUCUGGAGAAGAACUAGGAAUAGGGUCGCCAGGAGAAGGACCAUUCGGAGGAGAACUAGAAAUAGAAAUAAAA